GUGAAGCAUUUGCCUCGCACGCUGCGCUGCACUCUGCCGUGCUCCGCUCGCUGCUCUGACUCUGCGAGUGAGGGGGAAUCUGACUGGAGGCUCAGCAUAGUGGGAGUCCCUCUCUGCCACACCGGGAGUGCCUUUGGAAGGAGGUGGUGGUGGGGGGGGGUUUGCAGAGAGAGGAGGCUCAGUCAAGCAGUGAUGGAUGGAGAGAAAGCAAGACAGGAGGAGGCAGAGAGCAGUUUUCAGCCCUUCUGAAUCUUUCAUUAGGGAGAUCCUCCAACAUCAAGCUGCCUUGAUGGACUGAGGCUGAGGAGCUGGUACUGGGUUGUGUGCGUUCAGCAGGAACCAACUGUGUCCGAGAGACAGAGGGACACAGGGACACGGGGAGUGAUAGAGCGCUGCCGGGGUGUGCACCUAACAGACAGCAGAACCAGAAGGGCGAUGGAAGAGGAGCAGUGUUGAGAAGAGGAAUUCUCCUGUCUUGGAAGGAGCUGAGCGUGACCCUGCUGUGGGUUAAGCUCCACCGAGAGCCUCUGGUGAACAGAGGACGAUCAGGAAAUCACGGUGUAUGAGCCGAAAGAAAAGAGAGGGAGAGGGCACGACUGCCGGCUGGAUAAUCCCUAAACCCCUGAAGAACGGGGGGAUAGGGGGGAAGACGGAGGGUAUACACGAACACCGAAGAGAGAAGGAAGGAUUUAGCCGUGCAUGACCGACUGGUGGGACCAAAUUUGACCGAGAAACUAAGUCCGCCUCACCGAGCUGAACCCACGGCCUGCAGAGAUGUCGUCCAAUGAGCUGAGCGUCGAGAUGGACUCCUGCAUCCGGACGUUCAAGGAGCACAUGCACCUGGAGCUGGAGCCUCCCAAGAUGCCGGGCGUGGGGGGAGGGAAGAGGGGCGCCACGUCCCCGAAGCUGUCGCCGAGAAGCUCCCCGCGACUCUUCCGCAAGCUCAUGGUCAACAAGAGCAUCCGACAGAGGCGACGCUUCACUGUGGCUCAUACCUGUUUCGAUGUGGAGAAUGGCCCGUCUGCCGGCUGCAGCCCCCUGGACCCCCAGGCCUCCCCCGGCUCGGGUCUGGUCCUCCACACCAACUUCCCCGGUCACAACCAGCGGCGAGAGUCCUUCCUCUACCGCUCCGACAGCGACUAUGACCUGUCACCAAAGUCCAUGUCACGAAACUCCUCCAUCGCCUCUGAACUACAUGGUGACGACCUGAUCGUUACACCUUUUGCUCAGGUUCUGGCAAGCCUUCGAAGUGUUAGGAAUAACUUCACUGUGUUGACCAAUGUCCAGUGUGCCUCCAGCAAAAGAUCUCCGGCAGCGUCUCAGCCUCCGAUCACCAGAGUUUGUCUCCCAGAUGAGGCGUACCAGAAGCUGGCCACGGAGACGAUGGAGGAGUUGGACUGGUGUCUGGACCAGCUGGAGACCAUCCAGACCUACCGCUCCGUCAGCGACAUGGCCUCUAACAAGUUCAAGAGAAUGUUGAAUCGGGAGUUGACGCACCUAUCUGAGAUGAGUCGGUCUGGGAAUCAGGUGUCCGAAUUCAUCUCCAACACCUUCCUAGAGAAACAGAAUGAUGUGGAGAUCCCGUCGCCGACGUCCAAGACACGAGAGAAGAAGAAGCAGCAGAAGCAGCAGCUGAUGACACAGAUCAGCGGGGUCAAGAAGGUCUCCCACGGGCCCUCGCUCUCCACCAGCAGCAUCUCUCGCUUCGGCGUCAAGACGGAUAAAGAGGAGCUGCUGUCCAAGGAGCUGGAGGAUCUGAACAAGUGGGGCCUGAACAUCUUCACCGUCUCAGAGUUCUCCAACAGCCGACCUCUGACCUGCAUCAUGUACGCCAUCUUCCAGGAGCGAGACAUGUUAAAAACCUUCCAGAUCCCGGUGGACACGUUCGUGGCGUACAUGAUGACAUUGGAAGACCACUACCAUUCAGACGUGGCGUACCACAACAGCCUACACGCUGCUGACGUGGCCCAAUCCACCCACAUCCUCCUGUCGACUCCAGCCCUGGAUGCGGUCUUCACAGAUCUUGAGAUCCUAGCAGCCAUCUUCGCUGCAGCCAUCCACGAUGUUGACCAUCCUGGAGUUUCAAACCAAUUCCUUAUCAACACCAACUCCGAGCUGGCGUUGAUGUACAACGACGAGUCUGUGCUGGAGAACCAUCACUUGGCCGUGGGAUUCAAGCUGCUACAGGAGGACAACUGUGACAUCUUCCAGAACAUCCCUAAGAAGCAGAGACAGUCUCUACGCAAGAUGGUCAUCGACAUGGUCUUGGCCACUGACAUGUCCAAACACAUGAGUCUGCUGGCUGAUCUGAAGACGAUGGUGGAGACCAAGAAGGUGACGAGCUCUGGAGUGCUACUGCUGGACAAUUAUACCGACAGGAUACAGGUGCUACGUAACAUGGUGCACUGUGCAGACCUGAGUAACCCCACUAAGUCCCUGGAGCUGUAUCGUCAGUGGACCGAUCGGAUAAUGGAGGAGUUCUUCCACCAGGGAGACAGAGAGAGGGAGAGGGGGAUAGAGAUCAGCCCCAUGUGUGAUAAACACACAGCCUCGGUGGAAAAGAGCCAGGUGGGUUUCAUUGACUACAUCGUGCACCCUCUGUGGGAGACCUGGGCUGAUCUGGUCCACCCGGACGCCCAGGACAUUCUGGACACUCUGGAAGACAACAGAAACUGGUACCAGAGCAUGAUCCCCCAGAGUCCCUCCCCUCCCUUCUACGACCAGGUCUCGCACGGACACAGCGGAGGCACCGGAGGGCAGGGGGGCGGGGAGAAGUUUCAGUUUGAGCUGACCUUGGAGGAGGAGGACUUGGAUGGAAUAGAGAAAGACGGCGAAGGGGACGAGGAGGAGGAGGAGGAAGGCGAAGAAGAAGAAGAAGACUUAGAAGAGGAGGAGGAUAGUGUGGGAUCUCCUCCCCUGGACUUUUUGGACAGUCAGGAGCACGAGGGGGGCCGAAUGAUUGAGCCCACGUCAGCAAUAGAAAUCGUGACACAUGAGGCGUCGCCCACAGAUACAUAGGGUUUCCAGCAUCAUCCUCACGUGGUGAUUUGAAAGUUUUUUGGAAGAAAAGAGGGGAAAUCCUCUUGCAGCUGUGCUUUUUAACAAGCCCACAGAGGCAAGGGCUUGGUUUUGGCCCGCACACGGGCGUCUUGCACUUGGGUGUUUGAAGCCAGACGUGGACGGACAGUUUCAGUGAAGCGGCUUCAGAGUUCUCAGGAAAUAAUUGCUGCGAACAUUUAGUCCUGGUGGACAGACGAGACUGGGGGGUUGGAACUUGAAGGAUUUCGGCCAGUUUGGGAAAUGGUUACUUAAAUUUUCUGGACUGGCAUUAUGAAAAUGGACAAUGACACUACUGAGAGAAGUUUUGUACCUUAAGACUUUUUUACAGAUAUGAUCUAGAAGUAGCAUAGAGUCAAGAUCUACAGAUGGAGACACGUUUGUAUAGCAAGAGAAAGUGUUUACUUUUUUCCUGUACCAUUUGUCAAAGGACUUUUGUGUGCCUUUUUUACUAUUGUCUUUAUAAUAGUUUUUUAUUUAUUGAACACUCUAGUAUGUCUGUGAAAUAUUUUUUUUUUUCUUAUCUGAAAGAGCAAAAUCUUUUUUGUAUGUUUAAAAAAGAGAACAGUCUUCCAUGUAUUGGGCAAUAGAGAAAUCCAAACAAACGUCGACAAACAACUCUCGGACAAACUCAUCUAAAUAGGGAAACCUGAACAUUCACAUAUUCAACGCACAUUUUUUUAUCAUUUCUGUUUUUCGAACUGAGCACAACGUGUUCUUUGCGUUCGUUACACACACUCGAGGUUCAUGUUACAGUCGGGUGAAUGUCACAGUCACACUGAAAUACAUUAGGGUCUAUUUUCAUGCUUCACACGUCUUUCCUUCUUUCUUUGUACCUGUCUGCAAACCAUUUGUACUUCCCAUAUUUUCACACCGAAUCUAUUCAGAUGCAACACACUCGCUCGGUCAGGAUAUGAAAACAUUUGCUUAAAAUCAUACGAUAAGAUAUUCCUGCAAAAUUCUCAUUAAUGGGAUAUUUUAUUCGUACGAUUUUAGCUUUUUGUUGUGUUGGUGUGGACGUGAGAACGACUAGAAAGAAACCGCUCACAACGACCACCUGCUCAGAUGCAGGAUAAAAAUCCAAAAUGAAGUCUGCCAAGGACAAAAUGCACAACAGCGGUGGAUCUAUUUUUAGCCCACAGGUAUGCUGCAGUCUUAAUAAUCCUGUUAGUUGGAAUGGGUCCUGACCCCCAGACCCAUGUGAUGUAACCCCCCCUCCCCCCUGCUGUCCAGCCCAGAUCAGAUGAUGGAAGGUGCUCUUACAGUCGCCUGUCUGAAAGCCACUCUCACACCCUAAUCAACACCGUGAUAUACAAACCCCCCCGGGCUCCAUUGACACGACCCCAAAAAACAAUCAGGCGGGCUAUUUCUUCCUCGGGAUACAAAUCCCUCGAGUGCCGCUUCUGCUCAUUGACGUCACUUUAAUUAUUUCCGUCUCCACGGUAUCAGGUUCCCGGGGACGGUGGAGUUAUUGGGAUUUGACACAGGUUGUACCGCUGGAAUCAGCGUGGCAGACAGAAUAAUUAGAUGCUCUACUUUUUCAAACCAAACCAAACAACGGCUCUGUUUGAUUCCCUCACUGAUGCAUUAAGGGAAAAUGGGUUGAAUAAUGGUUUGCAGACAUUUCUACUCCUGUGGCUUCCGUGACUGAAUUUUCUGGAUGUUCCAGUUGCAUUUUGUAAUCGCGUCUCUCCAUGUUCAUGUUGGUUUACUGACUCAAAAGGUACUUCAUCUAGUUUCACUCCAGCAUGCUUAAGUGGCAAUUGUUUGUGUGCAGUUUGUACGUGCGGAUGGUUUUGUAUGUGUGUGUGUGUGUGUUUGGAUGUGCUGACUUUGUCACCAGGCCUUACCCCCUAUCACUCCACACCUUUGUCGCUACUGUUUGUCGCUAGGAGCUCAAGUUGGUCCUUUUUGCUGUUUAUAACAGUGUGUAUUUAUUCUAUACUUUAAGCUUGUAAAUAAGAAAUACUGGUUCAGUGUAAAAUCUAUUUUAAUUUAUAUGCACUUGCAUUACCUGGAAGUGGUGGUGUCUAAUGUGUAGAAGACUCUGGAUUAGAGUCUUUUUAUAGAUGUAUUAUAUAUUGAUAUAUAUUGUUUUCACACACACACACACACACACACACACACACACACACACACAUAUAUAGAUAUAGAUAUAUCUAUAUCUAUAUCUAUAUAUUAUUGCCCAGCAGAGCAGCAGCUAAACAGACAUGUUGUUGUUGUCACAUGAGAACCUUGUAACUCUAACUCUAUAUUUUAUUUUUACAUAAAAGUACCGUCACACACAAAGUGAAUAACUUCAUAAUAACAUUAUGCAUGAAUAUUAAACCAAAAAGAUUAUUACUUUAGCAUCGUUUUUAAAUAUUUUUUUUAUUAUUUAUCCGAAAAUUUACGUUUCUCUCCGUUAAAUUUCUGGAAAAUAAGUUUCAUUCAUUAAAAUGUCUUUAAUUUUUAUGAUUGCAAACUAUUUUAGAUCAACAGAGUUUUUGAUAGUGCAAGGUUUUCAUGUGACGGCAGCAUCUGGGUAACCCGGAGGCAACAUAGAGGACAUUAUAACAGCAUAGGCUUGGAUAUAGGACACAUAAAAGCUAGCUAAGGAACACAGAAGUUUAGUCAGUGCUCAGUAUCAAAGUGUAGAAGUGGCUGAUUAUCUCCCAGCGGCUCGUCGCAGCCUUCGCUUCUUCAUCCAGCGUUUGAACGUAGAUCGCUGAUAUGAGGCCUGACACAGACUCGACUGACAAACACGAAGCGAUUGUCUCCUUUCACACUCGACACACUUCAUGUAAAAGUAGAUAAGACGGGGACGGUAUUGGUAGCAUGCUACAAUACGCCCAGCACAGACGUGACUCGUUCUGAAUUAACAACAAAACAUGAUCUUAUGUAACUGAUUGUGCUAAUGUGUGAACUCUUUCUGACCAAACUUGUUAGCAGUUUUGAAAUUCAAAAUUUGUCAGUAUUAACAUUGUUUAUCUAUGUUCAAGCUUUUUUUUUUUUUUGGUCCUAGUUGUGUCCAAAUGGUUAGCCAGAUUUAGCACUAUCUGCAUGAGAGGUGGGGUUUUUUAAUUGUCAAUAAUAUGUUCAAGUCCGCCAGUUAUUGCCGGUGGGUUAUUAAAUGUUUCACACAAUGUAUGGUAUUAUAUUGUAUAUUGUGUUCAAAAAUAAAUCUGAAAUACUUUUUCUAUGAAGUGAUUAAAAGCAAAGCAUGAAUAUA